AGGUUUGUGCCUCUGUUUCUGCGCCGGAGAUCCCUUCGGUUUCGAUCUUCACUAGUUCCCGAAGAGCUGCGCUAUCCUCCGCCCUCCCUCAACGCGAGUUUCUCUCUUUUUCCCUGCGAUUCUUCUUUCACUGGAUCGGGCGAUUCCCCUUCUUCGCUGGCGCUCGAUUCUCCUCUUCAGGAUCGCUCUCUUCUGUAGGAGCUUGUGUUUUUAUUGGGGAGGUCUGGGGAUUGAUCAAUCGUUUCUUUGUUGUUGUUGUUGUUGUUGGGGAUCAAGUUGUUGUCAAGAACGAGAAUCGUAGAUAUAGCGAGCAUCACGGUCUCUGCCUUCCUCGAAUCCCUUUGCAGCAUCAGUAUCCAGUCAUAAGAAGGAGAAUCUUUUCAGGGGCAAUUUUCAAAGUGCAUAGCAGAGAAAUGGUGGUCGACAAGUCCUUGGAAGCAGAGCAUGCACCCACGAAGAAGAAGAAAGCUGAGGAGGAGUUGGAGAAGAGGAGAAAAAAAAUUACUCCUGGAUGUUUGAUGAAAGCAAUUAUCAGAUCAGGAGAUGGCAAAGCAAAGCCUGCAGAUGGAGAUCAGGCAAUAUUCCACUGCACCACCAGAACUCUAGAUGGCAUCAUUGUUGAUUCAACUAGAUCAGAACAUGGAGGCAAAGACAAUCCUAUAAGAAAUGUUUUGGGGAAAAGCAAGAUGAUUCUGGGCUUUGUUGAAGGAAUUCCUACUAUGACAAAGGGUGAAGUAGCAAUGUUCAAAAUGAAACCUGAGAUACACUAUACUGAGGAGGAUUGUCCACUUACGGUCUCGGAGACCUUCCCCAAGAAUGACGAACUUCACUUUGAAAUUGAGAUGAUUGAUUUCCAUAAAGUCAAAGUCAGUGAAGAUUUAGGAGUUGUGAAGAAGAUAAUUAGUGAAGGGCAAGGAUGGGAAACUCCUAGAGAACCUUAUGAAGUUAAAGCUCGGAUAGAUGUCAAGACAGUUGAUGGGAAAAUCAUUGUGUCACAUAUUGAUGAACCAUAUUCCUUUACUAUUGGUAAAUCUGAGUUACCAAAAGGGCUUGAGGUGGGCAUUGGGACAAUGACACGUGGAGAAAAAGCAGCAAUUUUCCUGAGUAAAAGCUACAUGACAAAAUCUUCUCUUUGGUCGAUGAUUGAAGGUUACGAUGAGAUUCAGUUUGAAGUUGAACUGGUCCACUUUAUUCAGGUAAGGGACAUGCUUGGUGAUGGCCGUCUCAUAAAACGCCGUGUUGUUGAUGGGCAAGGUGAAUUUCCCAUGGACUGCCCUCUUCAUGAUAGCUUGUUGAGAGUGCAUUACAAAGGAAUGCUUCUUGAUGAAGAAAAGACAGUGUUUUAUGAUACUAAAGUUGAUAACUAUGGCCAGCCUUUGGAGUUCAAAUCUGGAGAAGGGCUUGUGCCAGAGGGACUUGAAAUGUGUGUUCGACUUAUGCUUCCUGGAGAGAUAGCACUGGUCACUAGUCCUCCUGAUUAUGCAUAUGAUAAAUUUUCAAGGCCUGCUAAUGUUCCUGAAGGAGCUCAUGUCCAGUGGGAAAUCGAGUUGCUUGGCUUUGAGAUGCCCAAGGAUUGGACUGGAUUGACAUUUCAAGAAAUUAUGGAUGAGGCAGAGAACAUCAAAAACACGGGAAAUAGGUUAUUCAAAGAAGGGAAGUAUGAACUUGCUAAAGCAAAGUAUGAGAAGGUGCUUCGGGAGUAUAAUCAUGUAAAUCCUCAAGAUGAUGAGGAAGGGAAAAUCUUUUUGAAUUCAAGAAACACAUUACAAUUGAAUGUUGCAGCUUGUUAUCAGAAAAUGGAUGAACACAGAAAAUCUAUUGAGACUUGCAAUAAGGUGUUAGAUGCUGGCCCUGCACAUGUCAAGGCCUUGUAUCGACGUGGCAUGGCAUACAUGUUGCUUGGAGAUUUUGUAGAAGCAAAGAAAGAUUUUGAAAUGAUGAUGAAAGUUGAUAAAACUGCAGAACCUGAUGCUAUAGCUGCCCUUCUUAAGCUAAAACAAAAGGAGCAGGAGACUGAAAAGAAGGCAAGGAGACAAUUCAAAGGGCUAUUUGACAAGAAGCCCGGAGAAAUUUCUGAAGUUGGGAAUGAUGUAAAAGAUGGCAGCACUCCUGAUGACUCAAAGCCUGAAACUCAGAACACCAUGUUGGAAAAAGAAACUGGUGAUAAGGAUCACAUUGAUGGAGAUGCCGCUGAGAGUAUAUAUGAACCAGAUAGGAUAGGGCUUCUUGGCCGGUUAUGGCCUUCUGGGAGUCGGAUCUUUGCUGCUCUUGGAUUGCUCAAUACUGUGAAGUGAUGUUCUGUUAGUGAAUAUUUCAAACUUGCAGAUAGCUACUUAAUCACCUUGUUUCCUCUCCAAAGUUGACCUUGUUUGGAGCUAGUAAUUUAAUUUUAUUGCAGUUUCUGUUGUUGUUCUGUUGUUUCUCUAAUCUCACAAUUUUAUUGUAUACCAGUUAAUGAUCCUUGACCUUUUGUAAGUCUAAUGUAUCCUGUAUUCUAUUCA